CCUUGUCAACUUCCUGAUUUCAGACGAUGGCGGACAGCUCUCGCUCCACAAACAACGGGUCGCCUGCGCUGGUCCACCUGUACGCGCCGGCCAACGAUGCCAUCCUGAAGAAGGUGAGUCACAUGUUCGAGAAGAUGGACGCUGAUCAGAACAAGAAGAUCACGAGAGGUGAGGCGCUCAACCACUUCAAGGCCUUCAACAAGGUCAACACGAACGCCAUGUUCAACGAGAUUGACCUCAACAACGACUCUGAGAUCACCAUCGACGAGUGGAAGGGCUUCUGGGAGAACCUGCUGCAGACCGGCAUCUACAAGCCAGAGGAGAUCGAGUCCGAGCUCGAGACCCUGCUCCGCGGCGAGGCGUGGGUCGACUGGAACGACAACAGGCACACGUGACGAGAGCUCGGGAGCUGCGCGUCUGCGCGCGCGCGCGCGCGCGCCUUCAGCUCCGCCGUAGGCCGCGUGUCGAAUGCAUGUGCUCAGAGACAUUGGUAGUCAGUCCUGACCCUCCUCCAUCGGCAUAGGAGAGAGAACCCAUCACGCAUCAGCAGUCCCCCCCCCCACAUUUCUUGUCCUUUCAAUUAUUAUUUAUUGGAGUUUUGGUGUUUGAUUCCGCAUUCAGGUGUUUCCAGAGGUGUUUGUGCGUGCCGCCGUCCCCAGCACACAUUUUCCCCACAUAUAUGAUCAUCACAUAUACCAGAGAA